GCUGAGUGACGUAAGCUUCUAUACAAAAGUGACACCAGUCCAUUCGAAUGCUUCAUACUUCAAAAUGAAGCAGAACGUACGCGAUGGAAAAACCUUAUACAAAAUCUUACCUGCACGAUAUGUGUUGGUUUUCUUUAUAUUUUUGGUAUGUAUGGAGAUGUAUGCUCAUAGAGUCGUGCUAAACGUAGCUAUUGUGGCCAUGGUAAAUAAUUCGGCGAUCGAGAUGAGCGAAACUGAAAAUGCUCUAACUCACGAAUGCCCUGAUAGUGCUGAAAAUCAAAAUAUCACGUAUAAUUACAGAGAAGGAAAAUUCGUUUGGAGUCAACCCGAACAAGGAAUUAUUUUAGGAAGUUUCUAUUAUAGUUAUGUCAUUUUUCAGUUUUUGGGAGGUUCUGUCAUUCAUCUGUUAGGUGUCAAGCGCACUUACGUUAUUACUGUGUUUUUAUCGUCGGCGUUAUUAUCGAUAACACCAUUUAUAGCCGAACUUGGUAUAGCGGCCUUGUCAUGUCAGAGAGUUGUCUUAGGAGUGUUGCAUGCGCUGACGUUUCCAUCAGGAUUUACAUUACUUUCAAGAUGGUCUCCAGUUAACGAACGAAGUACAUUAAUGGCUAUUUGCGAGAGUGGAAAUUUGAUUGGUUCCACAAUUACUACUACAUUGUCUGGUUACUUGUGCGAAUAUGGUUUCUCGGGUGGUUGGCCUUCAGCAUUCUACGUCAUUGGUAUUUAUGGAUGUGUUUUGUCCCUCGGUUUGUUAUUUUUUGUAUAUGAUUAUCCGGAAGAAUUUUCCGGCAUUACUCAAAAAGAGAUUCUUCAUAUACGACAAAACUCGAACAAUAAUACUAAUAAUAUUAAGAAAAUUCCUUGGAAGAGUAUUUUAACAUCUGUACCAGUAUGGACGACGUGCAUUGUAAAAUUGUUGUUUCAUUGGGGUUUCUAUACCUUUCUAUUAAAACUACCAUCGUAUGUCGAGAAUGUUCUACAUUUCCCAAUACAGCAGAAUGGCUUAAUAAACGCAUUCAUGUAUUCAGCGAAUACGUUUGGCCUCAUUAUAUCUGGUUACUUAUCAGAUUUGUUUAUUAAACGUAAAUAUUUCAGCGUAACAAACGUCAGAAAAGGCUUCCAGACUCUUUGUAAGUGUAAAUAUUCUAAUUAUGUGUGACCAGAGUGUCGGUACCUCCUUGGCACCUCGUCACGACUGACACUACUGUGUCUUUAGAAUAUACACAGAAACCGCAAUUUUAGAGCUUACGCGAGCGGUUACAUGCGCGGGUGAUCGGAUUCGGGAUGGAGGAGGGUUCAGAGACGGAUUGGAAGUGAUUCAUUCGAAUACAAGGUUAACAGCAAAAAUAACUAAUAUAAUGUAACGGAAAUGACAUCGCGUGUUGUUAUAAAUACCUAGUUCACGGGAUAUUCCAAAUAGUCGUGGAGACACUUGGGAGGCCGGGAAAUGUCUUUGAGAAUGUCUUUAGGCCUUCAAUGGCGAUUAAAUUCUAUCGGACGUUAAAUAUGUCGGUUCUUCGUAGGUGUUCCCGGAGAAACACAGGAUGAUCGGGAGAAGCGGCGGAGACGGGCGACGGCGAUAAAACCUUUCUGUUGGCACUGAGGGAAUACUCUCGCGGACUCCCGACGAGCUCUGUUCCCUGAAAUCUUCUUUUCACUCUUUCAAGUCACGUUGUCUGUCUUCACCAAUAGGGAAUUUUUUUGUUUUAGUUCCCAGUGACACAUUCUGAGUUCCCUGGAUAAGGAAACAAUUCGGGGAAGAGAAAUGCACUCAUCUUCCGGUACUAAAAUAGGGAAAGCUUUUUUUUCUAAAAUUUAAUUCAGUAGGAAAAAUCAGGAAAAAUGAAUUUUCUCUCGAAAUUCGUUAGGUCCGGUUCCUCCCAUAUACAAUAUAACGUUUCGAUUAUAAUUAAGUUAUUGUAUCAUUUAGCUAUAAUAGGAUCCAGUGCAUGCCUGAUAUGCAUUCCUCAAGUUGGAUGUGAUUCAACAAACGUCAUAAUAAUACUCGUCAUGACAACUGGCUUCAUGGGUCUUGUUGGUGGCGGUGACAACGCAAUC